CAUUUCAUUCAUCAAUUCUCAUCAUCCGAUACAUACCAGCUUUUGUUUCAACGAACCCCACUCUCUCCUCCGGAAUCCAUCUUGCUUUGUACUAGCGGUCCUGAAUUGCCCUUGCUAUGUCGUACUUCUUCUCUACCCCGCUGGAUAUCGACAUCCGACUGGAGGACUUUGAUGAAAAACGGCAGAUGGUGGAUGUGAAGCUCGACAAGAACAGACGGGAAAAAUGUCCACUCUAUUCGGAUGGAGAAUCUGUAAAGGGGGCUGUCACCAUUCGGCCAAAGGAUGGGAAGCGUCUGGAGCAUACGGGGAUCAAGGUGCAAUUCAUUGGGACAAUAGAGAUGUUCUACGAUCGUGGAAACCAUUACGAAUUUCUCUCCCUUGGUCAAGAGCUGGCUGCCCCUGGCGAUCUCCAGCAUCCGCAAACCUUCGAAUUUGAGUUCAAGAAUGUCGAAAAGCAGUAUGAGUCGUAUAACGGCAUCAAUGUCAAGCUUCGCUACUUCGUUAGGGUUACGGUUUCGCGGAGGAUGGCAGAUGUGAUCCGUGAGAAGGACAUAUGGGUAUAUUCUUACCGCAUGCCACCCGAGAGCAACAGCUCGAUCAAGAUGGACGUUGGCAUCGAGGAUUGUUUGCACAUCGAGUUUGAGUACUCAAAAUCCAAAUACCAUCUCAAAGACGUCAUUGUCGGGCGGAUUUAUUUCCUUUUGGUACGGCUCAAGAUCAAACACAUGGAACUAUCAAUUAUUCGCCGGGAGACUACUGGAACUGCCCCCAAUCAGUACAAUGAAAGCGAGACCCUCGUCAGAUUUGAGAUUAUGGACGGAUCUCCCUCUCGAGGCGAGACCAUCCCCAUCCGCCUUUUCCUUGGCGGGUUCGAUCUGACUCCCACAUUUCGCGAGGUCAACAAAAAAUACUCGACUCGUUACUACUUGAGUCUAGUAUUGAUUGAUGAAGAUGCUAGACGCUAUUUCAAGCAAUCCGAGAUUGUGCUCUACCGUCAACUGGUGUGAAAGGAUUGAUUAGCUGAAAUAAUGGAUGGUCUAUCGAGUUUGAUUUUUAACUCUAUAGUUUUUUUUGCAAAAAUUUUCCACUCUGGCGCAAUUUCUUUUCCGUACCGGGAGUGUGCCAUUGAGCUGAAGAAACCCAUAUGAACCAUUAAAGUGCCGAUUUUCUUGGGGGGUUUCCGUUAUGUAUUUUAUAUAUAAUAAAGGGAACAAAUCGUGAUUCUUGAAUGACGGCGAACUCUUUUUUUCCUUUUUUUUCCUUUCCUUUCCUUUCCUUUUCUUUUUCUUUAGGUCUUUUAUUUUUCCCUCACACACCGAAAAAGGGCAGGUCUCUGUGCACUACCGGUAGUUUGAAUCUUGAUGCUUGGAACGUGAUCCCACGCGACUUGAUCCCUGUUGGCGGGCGAUCAUAGCACAUCACGUGAAACGAAAGAGGAGACUCGCUUUCUUCUGUUGGGAAGGGUGAAGAGAAGACGAGGUGGUACGGAGGAAGAAGAGGAGUGGGAAGAGAGGAAGAAAAAGAGAGGAAAGGGAAGGAAAUGAAAGGAAAUGGAAAAGGAAAAAAACGUUAAAUAAAUUACCGUACUUACCUACGGCGGUUGACCUAUCAAAGUGACGGAAAUUUUGUUAGCUGAGAGGAGAAACAAACACUUCAACCGGUCCGGAAAAACCCAAACAAAACCCCUCAUAACCUUACAACACUCUCCUAUUCUCCAGCUAGCAGCGUACGGCAAGCUAGGCUUGCCGUAUUUGAGCAUAAUACCCGUCAAUCCAGUGGUCCACCGAGCUAACUUGCAUACAUAUCAUACAAUAACCUCUCCAACCAGCAUACCCUAUCUACGAGUACAGGUGCUCCUACACCCCAUUUCAUCCAGGGCACUCUCGACACGGGAAGCAGCACUCGUUUGGCUACCCCGCGCGACUUUUUAUACCUUCACAGUUGGCGAGGGGUUGAAUAGCGUGAGAUCUAGGAGGUGAAUAGAAAGUUGAGUUUCCGACAAGCCAGCGCUCGGCAAGAAAACCCCUAAUCCCUUAAAUCACCAUACUUGCAGAUCCGGUUAUCUAGACAGAUUUGAUGAUAAAGGUGGGUGUCGUAUUGUAUCAUAUGGUGGUUCACUUUUUUCACCUAUCCGAGGGGCACGCACAGCGUGCUCGCGGUUGAAGCGAAGGGAAGGGGAAGGGGGAAUGAUUUUGGAUUGGGCUGGGCGGAUCUCGACCCAAGGCUGAAGAACGCCCACUUCCCCGAGACAAAUAGAGGCCUUGCCGUCUCUUUGGAAGGGCGGGGGGGGUUUUUUUUUUUAACUUUUUUUUCCUUUUUUCUCACGUUCUUACCCUAUUGUGACGCUUCACCUAUCCUCUAGUACAAUCUACGAAAGGACCGAUAGACUACCCUAGUUGGUACAAAAGAUAUGAUACAAUAAGAUCGGCUCUGGUUUUU